GACCGCCAAGCAAGCUGGAUGCGUCGCACUCCGUCUGGCAUGUUUAUACCUUAUGGGGAGGCGGUUAAAUGUUCAGACAAAGGGAUGCUUCGUCGCGUUAUUGACACCGUUAAAACAGCCUGGAAUAUGGCCUAUGUUAUUUGGAAUAGUGGCUGGAGAUAA